CUGCCUGCUUGCACAAAACAACUCCGCUCUCAUUUCAAUUGCCUACGGCUUCACUAUCCCGGACAACAUGAUCUUAUGGAUGCUGCCACUCCCGAUCAGCAGCCCCUGUCGGCCGAACAGCCAGAGACGCCUGCGCCCGAAGGAGACAACAAGGUAAAACGGGUUAAUAAAGCUUGUCUCAACUGCAGGAAGAGAAAGUCGCGAUGCCAUCUUGACGAAGGCGGACAGGUGCCAUGCCUACGGUGCAAGCGCGAGGACCUCGAGUGUAUACUGGGAGGCUCCAAUCGUGGUGGGCGACGAAUACGAAGGAAAACCAUCGAUCCACAGGUUGGACCUUCCAGCUAUCCGACCAUUUAUACACAUACCCAAGAGGAGGUAGAGGAGUCAGCAUAUGGGCAACUGAGCGCGGCCACUGCAUGGGCUACCCAUCCAUUACCGACCCAGAGUCCUACGCAGCUACGCCCGCAGCUCCCAGAUCUGAAUAGCGAAUCGCGAUACCGAGAACUUCAGCCGCCGGAGAUUGAUCGGUCUCGCUCUCUGUCUUCUGAACAACUCUCCUUUCCGAAGCUACAAAACCCCUCCGAUGCUCUUGGCAUACUGGCCCAGGUCGCGGAAACAAGCACGAACAAUGAUGAACGGCGCAUGCAGCUAUCAAACGGCCGACACGCACCGUCCGUACUGAAUGAUAGUCGUCAGAAUAGUGGGAUGAGAUACCCUCCCAUUGACGAAGGACAUAUAUCACUCCACCAAGUCGAAUGGCUUGUACGCAGAUACUAUGAGAACUACCAUCCAUAUUACCCACUCGCACCCAUAGACAGCCUCAAUGUCUCUCGGUUAGUUGAAGUUGCGGCAAACGAGCCGCACCUUCUCACAGCGGUCCUUGUCAUAGCGUCAAAAGAUCUGGUAGAUCAGCCGAAUAUUUAUGAAGCCUGUGCAAGAUAUAUGAAGAGUCUAGUUUCUGAUCUGGCAGCAGGUGGUGACGGGGGUCUUGAAGCCGUCGAAGCCCUGUUAAUACUUGCAGAGUGGGCUCCGUAUACACAACGCUCCGACAGUGAACGGGUCGGGCGGGGCGAAGAGGAUAAAGAAGCUUGGAUGCAUAUCGGUGUCGCCCUCAGAAUCAGCUAUUUCCUAGGACUCGAUCGAUUUUCGUUCCGAAUUCCAGAUGAGGGGAAGGAUCCGCAAUUUAACAGGAAGAGGUUGAUAUGGACAGCCUGCUAUAUGUCGGACAGACAAAUUUCUAUACGAAUCGGAAAAGGAUUUUGGUCAAGAGGACCAGGUCCUUUGACAUCACUUCGUCGGGAGGAUCAUGUUCCACUGCUGCCAAGAACAACAAAUGAAGAGGACUAUGCAAGCAUAUUUCAGGCCACUCUUGAAUUGACGACAUUGUCAAGCAACGUUCACGAUGUGCUCUACGCCAAUCCGGGGUCGAGUCUACGCAGUCAUUUGAGUGGGGGCUACAUCAAGUUCAUCGAUGACUUCAGAAAUGCGAUAUAUACCUGGAAAAGCGUUUGGGGCACCCUAACAUGCUCAUCACAUUUGAAAGCUACACUGACUAUGUCAUACCAUUACCUCCGGCUCUACACCGUGGCUUUUGCCUUUCACGCGACAGUCAGGAGGGAACAGGAACUUAGAAAGAAAAACACCCCACAGUACUCGACACAAUACCAGGCCCCUUCCCGACUCUUCUACAAAAAUGUUGCCAAGGUUACGGAUGUGCGUUUCAUCUACGAAGGUCUCGAGGCCGCGAAAGAAAUCAUUUCCACGCUAAAUAGUUAUGUGGAUGCUCAAAGGUCACUUCGAUUUAUGCCACUGCGGAUCUACCUCUAUCUGGUCUAUGCAGGCGUUUUCCUAUACCGCGCUCGAUGCGUGGGUGUCAUGGAGGAUGAAGAGGACAAGGCUGUCCGGCACAUGGUUCAGGAAACCAUUUCGAAGCUCGAAAAGGCCGGUAUGGGCCCCUUACAUCCAGGAUCCCGCUACUCGCAGCUUUUGAAGCUGUUGUGGCAAAAGGUUGGCACAAAGGAGAGGAUCAGACAUCCGAACGUGCCAAACCCGAGCUCUUUUCGGCCUGGUGAUACCCCUGCUUCGGUGCUAUCUCAAGAUAACCACAGCAUGGUUGGCUCCAGUCCUGCAGUCACGGAGCAGAUGGGUGACUUUGCCUGGACUGACCUGAUGGCUGUUGGGGAUUUUGCCGUCAAUGGAUAUAACGCAGCUGGUACUCAGGCCGGCGACGACAAUCUACUAGGGUUUCUUCCUAUGGAUAUGGGCAAUGCCUGGGAUAUUGGUCACUUCGACUUCGAUAGUAGUACUGGUCUUGCCUUCUGAAGUGCCGGGUUGCGGGAAUACCUGUAGUUUCAUAUGCGUUCUAGCGUCUGUUUUUGGGCGCAUAUACUUGGUCUGGGAGGUCUGAUACUGUAUUAUAAUUAGCGCAAAAUGCUCUAUUCACAAUUAUUCUUCUCAAUAUAUAGAUUU